GUUGCCCUUCGACUUGAUUUUUAUUACACUCAUUGUACAUGUCUGCCACGCUACCUAGCUCAAGAUUCAUCCAGAUAUACGAUUCGUUGCCACCAGAGUCUCAAAGGAAACUCGUCAAAGCAAAUCUCGAGUACAUUCUCGACUCUGCACCUAAGAGGAAGGCCAGACGAGGUAUCGGAAACUGGCACUCCUUGAUUCCACUUUUGGAUCUGCGGGGAAAGAAGAAAGAGAUCAAUGGCCUGCUUGCCGACCUCGCACGCGAUGCCAAGUGUUCCUUCGUGAAAGACAGGUCGAACCGCGACGAACUACUCACAGAAAUCAUCGACAGCAUUUCGGCGUGGCUCUCUACGAUAUGGCUCGUCAUCUACGAGCAUCAAGUUCACUUUCGUGAAGCUCACCAAUGUCUGCUGUUUAUCUCCCAUGUACUGGAGAAGCUCGACGAUGGGUCCAGGGUUGGAGGAUGCCAGUGCUCCAUCAACACGUACGAGGUCGAUAUAUGCAUCAAACGGACGAACGGCAGAACUGUGAAACAUUUUCUGUUCCACGGACCGCAUAAAAUCAGUUUGGUACUGCUGUGGAUGUGGAGAGAAUUGUUUGUUACCCUCUCUGCUUCCGGUGGGCAUCGAGCUAGAGCACAACUUCUACCCGAGAUGUUGUUGGAUAUCGAAGAAGAGAUGGGGUGGAAGUCAUUGGCGCGGCUGCUGUAUGGAGGCAGAAAAGAAGAUGAAGAUGAGGAAAAUGAAGAAUGGGAAGACUACAAUAGUGACAAUGAUGAAGACGAUAAAUCGGACUACGUCCCUGACACUGAUGGCGUCCAGUGUUCUUGUCAUCUUCACGCCCACCACUGGUCCGCGAAAAUCGACCGACAGCGACUAUAUUUGCGAGCAUAUGUCCAAGAGCGACUACAAAGCAUAUUUGAGAUUGGGCCUUCCCGGGAUCUGUUCACCACUCUCGAAGCUCUAGGUGUUGACGACCCAAUCGAGACACGCAAAAACUUAUUUGACAUUCUGUCCCAAGUCGCCGGGUACAGCUCUGACACGUUGGCCGCGGCCCUAGAAAUCUACGCGACCGAGAACGAGACCCUUGCAGUUCUCAAUCUCCUUGAUUCUCAUUCGUCGCUCCUCCGCCCACGCGACACUCAAUUCCUGCAACUCGCCCUCCUCAUGCUCUCCAAGUCACCCUCAUUUCGAACCCGUGCUCUCCAAAUGAUUGAAAAAGAAAUAAUAGACCUGCUAGGCGCAGUCCAUUCCGCCAUCCGUUCAAAUUUCUGCCGUAUCGAAGUUUCUGUACAUAGGGACGAGCUCCAGCGGAUACUCAAGCUACCUUCUUCCUCGCCACAGCGGAGCGACCGACUCGAACAAUGGGUAGACGAUGUCAUCACACCCUCCUCCGCGCCCCUCCACGCCGUCGCGUUCGCCGCUAUGAUUGUAGGUAUCCCCGCGCCCGGGAUCGAAGAGGGUGAAGAUCCGGAUUUCUUGGGACACUUGGACCUGGAUCCAUCCGACCCUGAUUUGGAGGACCUCAGGCAGGAACUGAGGCCGCCGCUAGGGGAGCGAUCACCAGGCGCAAUCAAGGGUGGGGCGUCCCGACGGAACUCAUGCCCUUUCUUGCGUGCGCAUGAUGUGGCCGAGGCUAUGCAGGCAAGGAUCUCGGAUCGACCGAGCAAGAGGCAUGUGAGCGAUGCCCUGAGUACGCUCUCGUCCUUUGCGAAGAUUCAACGAAAGAAGAUGGCUCUGAGGGCUGAUAAGAAACGACAAAAACAGCAGCAGGAGCAACAGCCAGCUUCUUCAACACAGUCUUUCCAACUCAGUGCUGGCAGAUUUGCAUUUAACUUUUCACCGAGCCCUGCUGCACCUCCCGGCCAUGCGUCUUUUGGUGGUAUUGAUGAUCUUGAUUAACGUAUACCUGUAUCAUGCACUUAAUAACUAUUAUUAUGACAGAUAACUUAGCCCCGCGCAGAUAAGUGCAUUGUCCAUGUCCUUUGGCAACCUGCA